GGAAGAAACGUCAAUCAGGCUUUGGUUUGUUUUGUAAACAGAAGUUCCAUUUGCCGCGCAGCGUUUUGCGGAAAUUUCUACUAGAAUCUUUCUUAUUUAGCUUAUACAAUGCUACCACUAUCUCUACUCAAAACGGCACAGAGUCAUCCUAUGUUGGUGGAGUUAAAGAAUGGCGAAACAUACAACGGACACCUGGUGAGCUGUGACACCUGGAUGAAUAUUAAUCUGCGGGAGGUCAUCUGCACUUCAAAGGAUGGUGAUAAGUUUUGGCGCAUGCCGGAAUGCUACAUCCGGGGCAGCACGAUCAAGUAUCUCCGCAUACCGGAUGAAGUGAUCGACAUGGUGAAGGAGGACAUGCAGUCGAAGUCGCGCAGCCGCGCCGACAUGAACAAGGGCGGCCGGAACCAGAACCAGGGCGGUCGCGGAGGCGGCGGUGGCAUGGGCGGUGGUGGUGGUGGUGGUGGCGGUGGUGGCGGCGGCGGCGGCGGUGGGCGAAACAAUAUGAACGCCAACAAUCGGAACACCUUCGGCGGCAACCGCGGCGGCAAUCGGGCCGGACUGGGCAACCCGAACCGAAACGCACCGAACAAGAAGUAAUAAUAAAGUCGACACAAUCGCGCUUGGAA